AUGCUGAACGUCGCCAAAUCGUUCAAGCAUGCGAAAACUUCGGUUCGUACUUAUGUAAAGUGAGUAAAAAAAAACGCAAGUUUUGGGAUGUUUUUCGUCAAAAAACUAUAGAUUUUUCGAGGAAAAUUCAAAAAUUGCAGAAAACAAGUGUCGGCGACCACCAAUUUCGACGUCAUCGAUCACACUUUCGAUGCCGUGGUCGUCGGAGCCGGCGGAGCAGGUCUUCGCGCCGCAAUGGGACUUUCGGAAGGCGGAAUGAAGACCGCCGUCAUCACAAAACUCUUUCCGACGCGAUCGCAUACUGUCGCUGCUCAAGGAGGUCCGGAAUAUGAUGCGAAUAAUUUACAUCCCCAAUUUUUUGCCUUUACUAGACAUUUUACUGCUUCUUGUUUGUAUUUUUGCGAAAUUCUGGUUGGAACAUUCAUUUCUACAAGCAACUUCUCAAAAUGUUACAUUUUUAGGUGUAAACGCCGCUCUCGGCAACAUGGCGGCCGAUAAUUGGCGCUGGCACUUCUACGACACCGUCAAAGGGUCCGAUUGGCUCGGAGACCAGGAUGCGAUCCAUUACAUGACGCGCGAGGCCGAAAGAGCGAUUAUCGAGCUCGAAAAUUACGGUAAGCCGCCGAUUUGAGCGGAAAAUGAUGUUCUAAACUGAUACAUUUUGAAAUUAUUCAAAAAUUGUUUAAAGGUAUGCCAUUCUCGCGUACGACCGACGGAAAGAUCUACCAGCGUGCGUUCGGCGGUCAAUCCAACGAUUUCGGUCGUGGCGGUCAGGCGCAUCGGACGUGCUGCGUGGCCGAUCGGACGGGACACUCCCUCCUGCACACCCUCUACGGAGCGUCCCUCCAGUACGAUUGCAACUAUUUCGUCGAGUAUUUCGCGUUGGAUUUGAUCAUGGACAAGGUUUGUGAGUGCUGGAAUUAUUUGCGAAAUUUGCAGUUUAGCAACUGCAAACCAAUUGUAUAGCGCUAUUUGCGGUAGAUCAAAACUAACAGCGGGUCUCGCAGCGAUUGAACAUAAUGUGAGUGUGUGCGCUGCGAUUGGCCUUUGAGAAGACAGUGGACAGAAGAAGAAAAAGAAAGAAUGGUCCUGGCAGAAAGAUUGGGGCAUAAACGGAGUGUCGGUCAAAACAGAGGUAGAUCCGAAUAAUUAUUUGUGAUCUCCGGGGUUUUGGACCGCGAAAAGAAUACAACUUGUUUUUAUUUGACACCAAUCUUAUGAACGACGCGACGUCGUUUCCGUUCAUUCAGAGACCUUGGCCAGAACGUCCUUUUUUCUCUUUUCCCACCCCUGCCUGUCUCCCCAGACUUGCAAGAUUUCGGGCCGGUAUAUUGGGGCCUGGUUGUGUCUCCCCAACGCUGUGAACGGCAGUGAACACAGAUUGCUCUGAAAUUUAAUUUUCAAAAUUGCAGGGAAAAUGCAUCGGAGUGAUCGCGCUCGACAUCGAGACGGGUCAAAUCCACCGUUUCCGCGCAAAGAAUACGGUCCUGGCGACGGGCGGAUACGGCCGUGCCUACUUCUCGUGCACGUCCGCCCACACGUGCACCGGAGACGGCACCGCCCUGACCGCGCGCGCCGGAAUCCGCAACUCGGACAUGGAAUUCGUGCAGUUCCAUCCGACCGGAAUCUACGGAGUCGGCUGCCUGAUCACGGAGGGAUCGCGCGGAGAGGGCGGCUAUCUGGUCAACUCGCAGGGCGAACGAUUCAUGGAGAGAUACGCGCCGGUGGCGAAGGAUCUCGCCUCACGCGACGUCGUUUCCCGGGCUAUGACGAUGGAAAUCAUCGAGGGAAGAGGGGUGGGACCGGAGAAGGACCACAUCUACCUGCAAUUGCACCACCUUCCCGCCGAACAACUGCAGCAGAGACUGCCCGGAAUCUCGGAAACGGCGCAGAUCUUUGCGGGCGUCGACGUGACGAAGGAGCCGAUUCCGGUCAUCCCGACGGUCCACUACAAUAUGGGUGGAGUGCCGACCAACUACAAGGGCCAGGUGCUCAACUACACGCCUGAGGGAGGAGAUCAAGUGGUUCCGGGACUGUACGCCGCCGGAGAAUGCGCGGCUCACUCUGUGCACGGAGCAAACCGUCUCGGAGCCAACUCGCUUCUCGAUUUAGUCAUUUUCGGAAGAUCCUGCGCUUUGAAGUAGGUUUUAGGCUUUACAGCUCAAAAACGACAAAUUUCAAACUCGAUUUUGCAGUAUUCUGAAGGAGAACAAGGCGGGCGAUAGUAUUCCGGAACUUCCGUCCAACUGUGAGGAAAAAUCGCGUGACAAUCUGAACGGACUGCUUCACUCGAAAGGAGACAUUCCUGCGAUCGAGCUGAGACUAAAAAUGCAGCAGACGAUGCAGAAGCACGCCGCCGUAUUCAGAAGGGACGAUUUGUUGAAGGUACGGUCUCAAAAAUAUGGAUUCUAUAAAAUCUUCUUUGAUUUUUGCAUGUUUUCUUCAAAUGUUCACAUACUUUUGUUCGAAAAAUUUAGAAAAUCUGAUUUUUUGUAGGAAGGAGUCAAAAAAAUGUCGGCGCUGUACAAAGAGCAGGCGAACAUGAAAGCGUGCGCCGACUCGGGAAAAGUCUGGAAUUCGGAACUCGUCGAGACGCUGGAGCUCCAGAAUUUGCUGAUCAACGCGAAUCAGACGAUUGUGGCGGCGGAGAACCGGACGGAGUCGAGAGGCGCGCACGCGAGGGACGAUUUCCAGCAGAGAAUCGACGAGUACGACUACAGCCGGCCGCUGGACGGACAGACGAAGAAGACGUUCGCGGAACACUGGAGAAAGCACUCGAUCAUCGGAAUCGACACGAAAACGGGCGCCGUCGAGCUGACCUAUCGUCCUGUUAUCGACAAGACGCUCGACAAGACGGAGACGGACUGGGUGCCGCCGAAAGUCCGAUCUUAUUGA